GCACCGUGUGCAUGCGUUUAAAGAAUAAAACAACCUUGGAACUAAUUGCGCUAGCAGCAUGAAGGACGCUGGCAUGGACGAGAAUGAUUUUUCAACCGAAACGAGCGAAAAUGAAACCGUAGAAAGCGAUGAAAAUGAAAUGUCGGCGGAGGAAACAAAGAAGAGCAUCCAUGAUCACCCCUUCUCUAUCGAAUCGAUUUUGAACGGCAGAACAAAACGUAGAAAACCCAAACUAGCCAAAAACUCCACGGCACUUGAAGAGAGGAGAGAGGUAGCAGAAAACACGAGACCUUUAAGCGCUUUAGAGGCGUUUACAAGCAAUGCUUUCUCUACAAUGAAGCCAGAACGGAUAGCUGAUAAGCACGAAGGUACAUUGUUAUUUUAUUUUUUUGUUUUGACCCAUAUUUUACAAGCUAGACAUAGUUUACACCUCGGAAACAUGUCGUGUGAUAAAUCGGGAAUGGAAGUACAUAAUUACGUACAGCUUGUACACUUCUUGAAGCGAUGCGAUUUAAGCAUUCAGUUAACUUGAAUCCUAUUUCAGUUCCAGUAUAUCAGCGCAUGAUAUGCGUAUGAUAUAUAUGCCCAAGGAUAGUUUGUUAAAUAAGGAUGUGAAACAAUCCACUGUUCAGACUUUCCUAGCAAUGACAAAUACAGUAAGGAAACAGCUUGCCGCCUUAGCGCGGCUUAAUGCGAUUUGUCUUGAUGGAAUUAGGAAAUUAUAUUGUAAAGUUUACAAUUUACGCAUAAUCUUUGUUGAUGGUAGACGCACAUUAUUUUUAGAGUUCGUAAUUCAAAGUUUAGUAGCUUAGAAAUGACACACAUUUUAAAGCAGUCUUACUUACAACAAAGUGUUAAAGGGAAAUCAUAUCGUGAUCAAUUAACAAAAGCAAUGCAUCCUACAUGUUGAUGUUGGGCCCUGUUAUAAUUUGUCUUUCACAAACUUAACUUGACAAUCGUUCAUGUAUACGGCCGGUAUUAUAAGGUUGUGACCUGCGGUAAAGAAACACCAUUUUUACUUGAAAUAUGUACAUAAAAGCACAUGGGAAAAGCAAAACAAGUAAUCUCUAUCUUUUUGCACAGUUGGGUUCACAGACGCAGAAUCUUUCCACAAAGCUCAGGAGUGGUAAACAAGCUAUAUUUUAUCAUGAGAACUUUUUACUUUUAAUACAUUUUCAGUUAACAUAGUUUUUCCUUGAGGAUCUAUUAUUUUAUUCAAUUAAUGUUCAAACUAGCUUGCAUUGGUUUAUAGAAUACACGAGAGUAAGUAAAGAGCGAACGGGUUCCAUAUUUAUAGGUUGUUUGUUUGUCAAAAAAUCUUCAUUUAAUUUUGACUGACGAGGAAAACGUUCAGUUACUUAUAGUAUAGCAAAUGAUAACGUACGUCGCUUAUUCGAAAUCUUGCAAGGCUGGAUAUAAUUCCAAUUUCUUUCACACGAAAAACAGUUUUCAAGCCAUUAAUUAUAGAAACGUGUAUGUGUACACACGAAAGACGAAGGGACAGCUAUAGGAGUCUAUAGCAUUAGACAGUUGUCUUGUUAGUCCAAACCUUUUACUAAUCCAAAGAUUUGAAAAUCCCUAAUUGAAACAGGAGUGUUUCUUCACACUUCACUUAAUGCGAUUAAACACGGAUAGGAAAUGUUCUUUUCAUGCUAAAUAUGUGUACAGAAAGUAUAUAUACAGAACAAUAGUCAAUACUGAAGUCAACCCAAAAGCAUCUACUUUCAAUUUAAAUCAAGGAGUAAUGUGUUUAAUGCGUCGGGGCUGGAAUACUAGAGAAUGCUGCUUUCAUGUGAAAUAUCCACAUUAUAAAGAAUACAGAAAAUUAUAAAAAAGCCAAUAGUUUUAGUAGAAUCAUCGGAUGCACUUUGAUUACCUAUUCACAAAGUCAAAAUCGUUAUAGACAUUACAUUCAUGCAAGAACACAUAUGCAUGUCUAUUAUAUAUUUCAACAAAGUUUGGCAAAAACUAAUACAACUUGACUGAAAUAGGAAUCAAAUCUAAAUGUGUAUGGAAUAAGUUAUGAGAAGAUGGCAAAAAAGCCAGCAAUAGUUUGUGCAUGGCCCUGUUUAUCAAAUCCUGUAUAUAGCUAGUUUAUUUAUCUGUCUGGAUGGCCAUCCCAAGUUUAAACAAAGAGUUUUCUCUCUUAAUGCGUUUUGACUGACUUCAGGAAAUGUUUCUUCAAUGUUAAACAUGUGUGCAUAUAUAGAAAAUAUGGAGAGAUGGAAGAGAGCCUAAAGGCUAUAGUUUUUGCGGGUUGUUUAUCAAAACCUUAUUUAGUCAGCUGACAGGAACAACCCAAAUUUAAACAAGUAGUUAGUUUUUUAAAUUCUUGUUUCACUUAAUGCAUUUUGACUGAUUUAGGAAAUGUGGCUUUCGUGUUAAAUAUGUACAACUCAGUGCAAUCAAAUGGAGAGGAAAUUGCCGUGUGAAAUAUGGCACUUGCAUUGUGUUUUGUGUACAUGUGAAAAUUGCCAGUUUGUUUGCGAAUUAAGUGUUUAAAUACGGAAUGAUUUACAGACAUGUGAGGUUUCUAGGCCUAUGCCUAUGUGUGGAGACAAUAGAACAUCGACACUCGAGAGACAUGACUAAGACAGCUUUAACAGCCCUGUUUGGGUAAAUUUGCAUAAAGAAAGUAGUUGUCCAACAAUUGUUGCCAUGAUUGUGUCACUGAAAAUUUGGGAACAGGCAAUAUUGAUGUUCCUUCAUAUAUACAUAAUAUAUAUAUAUCUAUCAAUUACAUAUUAUCCUCAUUUAAUUGCAACAUUCCGACUCUCAUUUAUCAAACAGUUGAUUAGAAUUCAAAUUCAGUACGAAUUCAGUUCCAAGUUCGAGUUAUAUUUGAAACUUGUCCUGAUACGAGUGGAUGAGAAGUAAGACUGAAAUUUAAUUACAAGAUUUGAACUCGUACUGCAUGGAUCUAAACUCUUGCUUAUAUCUAUUCGUGUUCACCGUUAACUAAGCCUGCUAAAUUGAUUUUACAUAUGUGUUUCUGUCAACCCUUAACUAAGUCUGUAAAAAUAAAACCAAUGGCCAUGUAAUUAACCAAACACAACAAUUUGUUUUUCAUUUUCUAUAUAGAACCUGUUAUUGUUCGCGAGAGAUUGAAGGUUCUCACAACAAAAUCGACAACGAAGAAGACGAGAAGAAAGGCGCGCACGUGUUUUACGAAUCAACAGAUUUACGAACUAGAAAGACGGUUUCUCUAUCAGAAAUAUCUCUCACCGCAAGACAGAGAUGAACUCUCGGAAACGCUAAAUCUCUCGAACGCACAAGUCAUAACCUGGUUCCAAAAUCGACGCGCAAAACUGAAGCGAGACAUUGAAGAAAUGCGCAACGAUGUCGCCGCAACGAGAACGCUCCACGCAGCGCAACAUGUAUGCACAGACUUUCGCUGUAGGUUUACCGAUUGUAGGUAAUAUAGCUGUAUAACCAAAGCGAGGCUGCUUGACGACAACCAAUUCAUGAGUUGUUUUCACCAAUUUGUUUUCAGUACAGUGCAUACAAGCCUUGCAGUCAGUGUGAUCCAAUCACUUAAAUAAAUAGGCACAAGUUUGUCGAGUUUUUACGUCUUUACUGUAAGGAAAAUUUGUAAUCUUCUGAUGCACUCAAAUUACUUGAAAAAAAAAUUACUUGGUUACACAUAUGUACUGUAUGAUAAUUAACACCCAGACAACAACCCAUUAUAUUCUUAGUGUACAUAUUUCUCAAAUAUACAGAUGUUUAUAAUAGCAUGUUUAGUUUCAGCUAAUUUAUCUCAAGGCAAGUUAACCCAAACAAAAACCGAAGCCAAAUCAGUUUAACUGUGUUUAACUUUCAUUAUAAUCAAGUUCAAUAUACAAAAAUAUGAGAAAACAAAAGAAAAGGUAAAAAAAAAACGUGUUCGCAAAAUAUUUAUGAAAUUUAUGAAAUCUAUACCGCUCAAUUAGACUUGUAAACAUCUUUACCUAUUUUGAAAACAAAGGCCGAACUGUUAACGUUACAGCUUGUUUUGUUACUACAAUAUUAAUUUAAAAUGUAUAAUAAAAUAAUAAUGGACAGUAAGCUAUUUUUUGUCAUUUUGUACAAAUUGAAAACUUAGACUUAGUUAAGCUGCGGUAUACAUGCUAUAAAUCCAAAGUUUCUUGUAUUGUUACGACAUACGACAUAAAAAAGAAGCCUGUGUUUUAUACCAGACAAAUAAGAUGUAAAUAUUAAGCUAUAUAUGAUGGUCAUUUAGUUAUAGAAGGAAGUUCAUAUAUUUAUACAGGUUUAAACAUUGGGAAUAUAAAUAUUAGCCUGCAAACAUACGUAUUUUACAAUUAUGUAAACAUGUGACAAUGUGUUCGCCUACCAAUAAAAGGCAUUGGAAAACCG